AUAACUCCGAAAAUGACUGUUUUCCAGGAUUUAGUCUAAAGGUUUUUGGCAACAGUAAACAUCGAUUUAUAUCAUUAGCCAUCUCCAAAUGCGAGUCACCGGUAGUGAAAGCUCUCAGAACAAUACUCGAUAGAUCGUUAGAUAUUUUCUUGAACAUGGACAUCAACAGCAAACUAACAACUCAACUUUAUGACAAACGGGGAUUACUUCAUCUCCUCCAUCGUCAACUUCCCAUACAUGGGCAGAUCCAGGAAUUGCGGGUCACUUUAUGAGGCAAGGGGUCUGGGGACCCCCGGAAGCUCCUGGAUUUUACAAAUUUUAUAGGACUUGAAAUAAGUCUCCUAUUUAAGUCAUUUGUACAAUUUUCUAUUAUUUUUAAAAAGGUGAAAUUAGUAAAAUGACGCAAAUUUUAAGGUUUUUUUUUUUUUUGGAAAAAAUUAAGUUCUCCCAAUAAAAUAAUUCAAGAAAUCAAAAGAUUUUGUCAAUUAUUUCUCCGCGAGUGGAAGAAAUUAUUGCUUCUUUUAUUGUCUAGUACAUUUUUCUAAACAAGAUACCACGAUUGACCUUGAAUUUGAAAAUUUAUGAGGGGGGGGGGCACAGCGGCUGCGCCCCCCCCCCCCCCCCUUAAAUCCCCCACUGUUUAAUUCACCCCGAGUCAUUUUCAUUUUCAAAUUUCGUCAAAAUAAAGACUAUUAUGAACACCAAUUUUGUAAGAAAUUCAAUGUCUUUUUAUAUUUUGUGACAGAUUAUCAUGGUUCUUUCUCAAAUUGUUUCAAACCUUGAAUUCAGCUAAUGAAGCAAACAUCCGUGCGAAUUUUCGUAGGUACUCGAUAUUAAACACGAGUGUUUCAGAAAAGUAACCACUUUCAUUCUAAGUAUGGGGCAUAUUCUGUUUCUUAAUACUUCUGUGCGUUCCUUGCGAUAUGUGUUAGACAAAGAAAACUCUCAUUUAUGUUGUUUUGGGGGAAAAUAAAUAGACCGAUCGCUUCAAAAAUCUAGAACCCCUGCGUUACUAAAUCUUUUCACGAUGGUCCACGGUGAUUUAAAGAUAUGCUCAAUGAAUUUAACAUAGUUAGUUCAACAUUUGAUGGCUAAAUUAGAAAAUUCAAUACUGAUUUUUCACUAGGGAGGGGGGGGGGGGGGUAUUGGAAAGACUUGUAUCAAAAUAUCGAAGGUCAACACAUUUUAAUAUAGAUCUACUUCCAAACUGUUUAAAAUUUCUUUGUGAAUAUUACCUUUAAUGUAAGACAAAAUUAUUGAUGUCAAUAGACAAAUUAGAUUAAAAAAGACCUUAAUCAUCCAUUGCCUGGCAAAUAGUAUUUGAAAAAUCCAAAACAUGCUAUCAAACUUUAAAAAAUAGAUAUCGAAUUAGUUCUUGUACAAGCUAAUACAAUCUUAUCGUAAGGUAAAGCUACUUUCACACACAGGGCGUAGUUUCGAAUAUAUAAUCAUAUAUAGGUCUGCGAGAUAAGAAUAUAUGCAAAAAUAUAUUGUAUUGUGGCUUCCAAAACAUUAAUUGAAUUUUGAAUCAUAUGAAAAGUUUACAAUAGAUGAAAACAAUCAGUUAACUGCAAAAACAUUUCCUGAGGACUUGUAUAGCAACAAUACUGCGUCAAAAUGGCGGACACGAUGCUUAUCCGCGCACUAAAGGGUAAACCAAAGGCCCUAAACUUGUGCAAUAAGAAGCUAGAUAAAGUACCAAAAAUUAUUGGUAAACUGGACUGUGUUUUACAUCUACAGUUACGCGGGAACAAGUUAAAGACACUUCCCAUUGAACUGAGCCACUUAUUCCAGUUGCAGAUUCUAAAUUUAGGAAACAAUGAAUUUGAGGAGCUUCCCGAAGCUUUGGAAUACCUUACUAUGCUGGAAAAACUUCACCUGUUCAACAACCAUCUCAAAACCUUGUCACCCAAAGUGCUAACAAACCUCAGAAAUCUAACAUUCCUCAAUUUAAAUUCAAACAACCUGAAAACCUUUCCACCUGAAAUAUGUAGACUGUCCAGUCUUCAGCAUCUGUCUGUGGACUAUAACCAGCUGACCGAUCUCCCAGUGGAGAUUUGUGCUUUACUGAGACUGGAGGAAUUCCAUGCUGCUAACAACCAGCUUACUAGCCUGCCGCUGGAGUUUGGAUUCCUAGUCAACCUCGAGAAAUUACAUAUACAGAAAAAUAAAAUAAGAGAACUUCCAGAGAGUCUUGGAAAGUGUUAUAAAUUAAGGACCCUAGAUAUUGCUGCCAAUGAGCUGAGGAUAUUUCCAACUGAGUUAAAUACUCUGCCUUUGAAAGAAAUGUAUUGUGAAGAAAACCCACUGUUACAGCACAUCCCUGUCCACUCAGUGCAGGAGGAGGAGGUUUUGUCUCUCAAGGAAAUCAAUGCUAGAUACAUAAUGAAAGAAUUAAAGGAUAGGUGGUCUUACCUACGUCGUGCCAUUCGUCAUUAUCCUCAGAUUAAGGAGAUGCUUGCCCAGGCCAGUAAAUGUGCAGUAUGUGGGGAGUCCUUCCUAAAUACGUGGCUGGAGUGUGUUCGCUUUGUGGAUGCCAGAGAGGACUUGAAGCUGAACAACCUGUCAGGCCUGAUCCCAGUCCGAGCCUUGCUUUGUUCCUAUCGGUGCUUUAACUCCGCGGGACAUGAUUAUUAUGGAGUAGCAUUUCCAUGACAUGUGAUAUUACACUGUACCCGUAAUCUCAAGUUUUCGUACAAGAAAUAGCUCUUUGUGUCACCAUUCAGUUUUAUUGACCACAUUUGAUAAUAGUACAUUCUGACUCCAAGGAUUAAAGUUGCCAGUUAAAUCUUCGAUGUGAGACAGCAACACAGAGCAUUGCUUUUAUUUGCCUUAUACCCCGGUAGUAUCAGCAAAUAUUGCUUCAUUCACUGAAGAGUGCUAUCAUAUGGAAAGCAGGCUAAUAAUGAGUGACUUAUUUAUCUGUCCAGUGUUGUCAUUCACUUGACAAACAUGAUGAAUGCUAUAGAUAUAAAUGUAUACAGAUUUAAAUGAUAAACUGGAAAAGAAGUAUAGGCACAGCUACUGACACCGAAACAUUAGGGUGAUGGAAGUGUCAAAAUAGGUUUUUUCAAAGUUAAAGACAGAAAAAUACAUUUUCCUGUGAAAAACUCAUUCAUCUUUUAAUUAUAACAUUCAUCAAUUUAUCAAACUUAGUGAAAAACAAUUAAGCUGACCUUUGCUUGGUGGUUUUUUGGUUAGAUAAAAGUACAGGUGUCCAGAGGGUUUCAAAAAGACUAAAUCAUGUCAUACAGGGUGCAGCUCCAAAAUAUCUGAUAUCAUUUUAAAGGAUAUUUUGGAUCACCUUUUACGUAGAAAAUGCAUGCAGUAUAGUGAGAUCAAUUGGGCAAGUCCUUGUAUUCUCAUGUUAUUUGGGGAAAUUGCUCUUACUUUUACUCUCUUAAUUUUUAUGGAGAAAUUUAAACACUAUAUGUAGUUCUUUGAUUUGUUUUGAGCUUUUUUGUACAUUAUCAGAGGUUUGUAUGAAAACCUCAAUAUUUGCAUUACAGAGUUUAUAACUUGUUGUUAACAUGUAUGUUUCUUUGUUAUUUAAUUGAAAGUUUAUUUUCAUAUUUUUCUUAUCAUUUAUUAAAAGACAUUUUAUUACAAA